CCCAAGGAGACGUUCCAGAGGAGAAAACUGUUACAUUCAGCAAAGAAGGAAGUGAAAGCUCCCCAACCAAAUCUUUAACUUCCCGUGUGUCAACUGGAAAAUCCUUUGAUGAUGGUGUGACAGAGGAUGAGGAUAUUGACGUUUGCCUCGUGAAAUACCCCGGAGGGAUACCGAUUAUUGACACUAUAGCUCCACCUCCUGUCAAAGCUCCGCCCACAAAGGAUAAAGCUCCAGUUACAGACAGAUCUGCAUCCUCCAUGCAGAAGGACAUUCAUAGUAGUUUAAAGAAGCGAACGAAAUACGAUGAUACAGUCCCAGACAAUGACAAUAUGGUUUAUAACUUACUUCGGCUGCGGGAGCGCCUGGGCUGGGAGUCCGAGAUUCCUCGUCAUGCUCCUGGCUGUAAGGCCAGCAUGAUGAUUCUACGGAACAUUCCUGAAGAAGAGGCUGAAAACAUUGUUGGGUCUAAGUACAAAGAAGAUGACGGAGACUUUGUGUAUUGUCUGCCAAAGUGGCGUAAAAAUAGACGAGCUCGAUACGAUCCCUACGAUCUUCAGGUUGUAUCGGCCAAUACAGCAAGGUCACACAAAGUCUACUACACUGUGACAGCAUCCUUCAUUACCACGUGUACACAGAAAGAAGAUGGCAGCACCGAGUCUGUAAACAACCCUGCCCUCUGGUGGCUGUGGGAGAGACGACUUUUCUAUAUGAUACAUCAACUUCCUGUGUUUGUAAAAUUCAGAUUGUGGAAGACUUUUAAGAUGUGGAAGAGAAAUGUUCGUCUUCAAAAAAGUGCAAAGAGCAAAGUGGUACUUUACAAGAGCCUCUUUGUGGCAAAUGAAGUCCUCCAGGGCUGUCUGAUCCACGUCAGAAGUCUGUGUGAGGCCGCCUGUGGGAGUAAUAAGGGGGUUGGGGAUGGUGAGAGUGCUGUGUCCCUCAUCAGUAUGGACCGCGCAGCAAUCCUUACUCUAAAGGAGUUCAGGGAAAUACAGGAGAAACAGGGAAAGCUGGCUCUGGAGAAACUCAACGCUCUACGUCGUAAAAUCAUAGACAUUGUCUGGGAAUCCUGUGCUACUGUUGCUGAGAUGGAAGGUAUUACUCACGGUAUCCGAGCAGAAGGUGUAAAGAAAGUCGUCGUCAAGGAGCCAAAGGAAGAGGAGGUUAAAGUUGUUACCUCCAAAACGAAGUUACGCUCAAAGUAUGCGGCUGAUAUUCCACUUCCUGAAACAAAGACAAAGAGAAAACAAGAUGAUAAAAAAGUGGUAAAGCCACUGUACGCAGAGAUAGCAGAGUGGAGAAAGAUCCUGAACCGACUGGCUGGAUUCCUGCGGUCAGUUGACUACCUGAUGCUAGAGAUGUUGCGGAGGCUGGUCGUGACAGCAGUGAGACAUCUAGUGGAUCAUCUAGUGUCCUCGUACAAUGUUACUGAUGAGGAUGAAGAGAAGACCAAAACACCCCAAAUAUCCAUAUCGUAUGCCAGCAGAGUUACUGGAAGUUACCAUGGAUCUGAGUAUGAUGAUGAAACAGAGUCGAUGUCGACCAUGAGUCGUCUGGAUUUCUCCAGGAGACAGAAGAUUCAGAAGACACCGAUGUCUGCGGUUAGUACAUCUAGUAACUUACCACCCUACGCCCGUAAACAGCAGAAAUCACAGCAAGGAUAUCUGAUCCCACAUUUUGAUUUUGACGAGCCGGAACUGUUUGAAGGACCACCAGAUGCUGAUGAGAUUCUGCGUGAGAUUCAGCACCGUGACCAGGUGGAGGAGGUGACAGCAUGUGUUUUCAGUCUGCAACUGAUGCUGAAUGUACCUGGAGUGACAGCCCCACUCUCCUCCUCACAUCAUUCCUCAAAAGGCGACAGGAGCUUGAUCAGGUCCAACACUUCUUCUCGUGUCAGAUUUGAUGGCAAAGUAGACUCCACACAGAAAAAGUCGGUCAAAUUUACCACAGAUCGUGAAAACGAGUCAGAUGGCGAGGAGACAAGUGAUAGUGACGAUGAAGAGGAGUCGUCUGAGGAGGAGUACGAUGAAGACAAUGAGAGUAGAAAUAGAUUUGCUUAUGCUUAUCAAGAGGAAAAAAAAGAGAAGGCAGAGUUGUCCAGGUCGUUCGUCAGCCUGUCACCAAAUGAGAAUGAAUUCAAGUUUGGCAUCAGAGAUGUAAUCUCAGGAUUUGAGAACACCGUCGGUGCUGUGGUGUCAAUGUUACGUGAGCCAAAGCUUGCUGUUUUCUACUCCCCACCCAAACAUGACUUACGUCUGAACUUCGACGAUGAGGAGGAGCAGGAACGUAAGGAGAUGAUGCGACCUUGGCCCGACCUUGAUUUUGUGUUUGGAGAUGAUCCAGAAUAUCAAGGUUUACUGUCAGAACUGAACUCUUAUAUGACAAUGGAAAUGGAGCUAGUCAAGCAGUACUCUACAAACUUUGAUCACUUUUGUGUGAUGGUGGACAAGGCCAGAAUUCUGAAUGUGAAUGAGUCGAUGGCACGCCGGGAAUGGUCAACAGAGGAAUUUCAGCAUGUUCUCUCUACUUAUACAGACAUGAUCCACCAGAUGAAGAAGAUGACGACUCUUAGACGAGUGUCAAUGAUUCAGGUUCAAAGUAAAGGCUUCAGGGAGAGUUCUCUCCCCUAUUGUGAGGAAAUUGUGUCCGAUUCUCAUAAACAGCUUCCUAUCAUUGCAAACAAACGCAAUGAAGACCUCCUGACAAUCAUAAAGGGAGCAUCCAAGAAACUUGAACACUACCCAACAUCAGUGGAAGACUUUGUGGAACAUUUGUCGUUUCUGGGGAAAAUGUCUACAGAGUUACCUGCCCUUGAUAAGGAAUUCUUCAUUGUGAACAAGAUGUUUACUAUCGCCAAGGAAUUUUCUGUGAAAAUUGAUCCCGAAGAUUAUGCCUUGUACCAGUUCCUGGGACCAAGCUUCAGGCAUUUAAAAUCAACAGUGUUGUACAGUGAGGCUAAAAAAGACGAAAACAUUCGUAAAUUUAGUCGUGACCUUGACAACCUUAUCUUCAGUAUUCGAACCAAGAUCAUAGAUCUCAAGAAUCGGAUCCAGGACCCAGAUCUCCUUCACAUGGACACAAUGAGUGUGACCGCCCUGGAAACAAUCCGUGACCUUCAAGAUGGUGUCCAGGAAUUGUCGGUCAAGGCUCGGAGUUAUGCUGCCUACCAGGAGCGGUUUGGGAGCUCACUGACCACUGGCAGGAAGGGAAUCUAUGUAGAGAUAGAGGAAUACCUGAUGAUUGACAAACGGGACAACAAGAGUGCCCAGGAAAUCCAGUCAGAACUCAAUGAACUGGAACAUGAUAUCAUGCUUCGCCGAAUCCUGUGGCAGUCACAGGAGGAAUGGACAAAACUGGUAGAAGAAUGGACUGCUACAGUGUUUGAUAGUCUUAAUGUUCAGACCCUACAGAAGAAUGUGAACAGGUUUACACAGACAGUUUACAUGUUAGACAAAGGUCUGCCACAUAAUGAGGUAGUACCCAGACUUAAGGAGAAGGUACUGGACUUUAAACAGGGCAUGCCUGUCAUCACCAGUCUUAGGAAUCCGUCGCUACGACGACGCCACUGGGAAAAUAUCGAGCGACUCAUCCAGAAGUCCAUUGCCAAAGACAAGGCAUUCACGUUAGGAAAUCUGCUGGAAAUGAAUAUCUUCAAACACAAAGAGAAGAUUCAGGAGAUCUCCACCAGAGCCAGUAAUGAGGCCACGCUAGAAAACAUGCUACAGAAGAUCAUCGACCUGUGGCAGAGCAUGGACUUCAGACUGGUGGCUCAUGCUGGCCGCGACACGUUCAUCAUUGGAGGAGCAGACGACAUUCUGGCUCAGCUAGAGGAGAGUCAGGUUACCAUCGGAACCAUCAGUGGCUCAAGAUAUGUAGCUCCAAUCAAAAACCAAGUGGAGGAGUGGGAGAGGAAGUUACAAGCCUUCGCCCGUACCCUGGAGGAGUGGAUGAGAUUUCAGAGAAACUGGCUGUACCUGGAACAGAUAUUCAGUACACCUGAUAUCCAGAGACAAUUGGGGCCUGAACACAAGAUGUUUACUGGAGUAGACAAGGCCUGGAAGGACAUCAUGCGUCGCGUGGAGGAUCGUCCAAACGCCCUGAAAUCAGCCCUGGCCUCAGGAACCCUCGAAACACUACAAACCGGCAAUGGAACAUUGGAGAAAAUUCAGAAGAGUCUUGAGGAUUAUCUGGAGACGAAGCGUCUACUGUUCCCACGGUUCUAUUUCCUAAGUAACGAUGAGCUACUGGACAUCAUGGCACAGUCCAAGGAUCCGAACGCUGUGCAGCCUCAUCUAGGAAAAUGUUUUGGAAAUAUAAAAUCCCUGAAUAUCAAGUCCAUGCCCCGCCAAGCGGCCAUUGUGAAGUCUAUGACAUCAGCCGAGGGAGAGAAUGUCAACAUGCCAAGGAACUUGAGAGUGCGAGGUGUAGUGGAACAGUGGUUACUUGGUGUGGAGGCAGGAAUGUUUGAAACAGUCAAGAGACAUCUGAAGGAAGGAUUGGCUGGCUGGACUGGGACAGAGCUCCAGGAGUGGGUCCUCCGUCACCCUGGUCAAGUCGUCAUAACAGUGGCCCAGAUCCAGUUCAAUAAGGAUGUGGUACGAAGUUUUGACCAGACAUCACCGAUCGAUGCCCUAGUACAGGUCAAGGACAACAUGGUCGACUCCCUCAACUGUCUGGCAGGUCUCGUGUCCAGUGACAUCAAGUUUCACCAGCGGUCAAGCAUAGAGGCCCUGCUCACUAUCAAUGUCCAUAACAGAGACAUUGUCAUCAUGAUGAUUGAUGACCGAAUCACGCGCAAGGAUGACUUUGAUUGGAACAGACAACUGCGGUACGAGUGGGAUGAACAAAGGAACAACUGCCUUGUAAUGCAAUCCAACGCAUCCUUCCAGUACGGGUACGAGUACCUCGGCUGCUCCUCUCGUCUGGUUAUCACACCACUCACUGACCGUUGCUAUCUCACACUGACCGGUGCUCUCCACUUGCAUCUAGGCGGGUCUCCAGCUGGACCUGCAGGGACAGGCAAAACGGAAACGGUCAAGGAUCUGGCUAAGGCUGUGGGGAAACAAUGUGUGGUUUUCAACUGCUCCGAGGGUCUGGAUUACAAGACUCUUGGAAAGUUUUUCUCCGGGAUCGCCCAGUCUGGGAGCUGGUGCUGCUUUGAUGAGUUUAACCGUAUAGAUGUUGAAGUGUUAUCUGUGGUUGCCCAACAAAUCCUGUCUAUCAAAUCGGCGAAGGAUUCCAUGCUCAUGAGGUUUAUGUUUGACGGAAAGGAAAUCAAACUCAAUAUGACCUGUGGCUAUUUCAUCACCAUGAAUCCUACGUACCUGGGUCGUGUGGAGUUGCCCGACAAUUUGAAGUCUUUGUUCCGUUCAGUGGCCAUGAUGGUACCCGAUUACGCCAUGAUUGCUGAGAUCAUGUUAUUCUCUGAGGGAUUCAUGUCAGCAGCUCUGUUGUCGAGGAAGAUUGUCAAUCUCUACCAGUUGGCAAGUCGCCAGCUCUCUCAGCAGGAUCAUUACGACUUUGGUAUGAGGGCCAUCAAAUCUGUCCUGGUCAUGGCUGGACAUCGUAAGCACCAGGCACAUCAUGUCAACGAUAAUGAGAUUCGUCAACUGAAUGAGAAGGAUGAGUCUCACAUUCUCAUCCAUUCCCUUCGGGAUGCUAACCUUCCCAAAUUCCUAGCGGAAGAUGUCCCACUGUUUGAGCGUAUCCUGGACGAUCUGUUCCCCAGUAUUGUUCCACCGGACCCCGAUCAUGGAAUCAUUGAGCGAGCCAUCAACAUGGCUAUUCGUGACCAGAGCCUCCUCCACUGGCCCAGUCAGGUAGAGAAGAUCAAACAGCUGUAUAACCAGAUCUUGGUGCGUCAUGGCGUCAUGUUGGUGGGACCAACAGGUGGAGGAAAAACAACUGUUCGUAACCUGCUACAAAAAGCUCUCAUCCUUCUGCCAACAAUUUCCCUGCAGGAAAACCAGCAAGAUGCAACGAAUCGCAAGCAGAGCAUGUUCCAGCAUAAUCGAGCAAAGAAAGGUCAUGUGGAGGUGUUCACCAUCAACCCCAAGUGUGUCAAGUUAGGGGAGCUCUACGGAGAAACAGACCCCAAUACUUUUGAGUGGACAGAUGGACUUAUUGCCACGGCAACCAGGAAGUUUGCUCGGGAAAAUAUGCAAAUUCCGGGAGAGGAGAGUCGGCCGGUUACUGCUGCAUCAGGCAACACCCAGGGAGUGGUCGCUGGUAUAAUUGGUAUACGCAAGGCUGCCGUGCCACCCAGCGUUCAGAGUGCCCCGAGUGAACCUGACACAGAAAUGUCCGAGAAGAAGGAUGAAGAUCCACUACGUCAAGACUGGCGCUGGCUGGUCCUAGAUGGUCCAGUGGAUACGCUUUGGGUGGAGAAUCUCAACACUGUUCUGGACGACUCCAAGGUGCUGUGUCUCGCCAGUGGUGAACGAAUCACCCUGUCUGGAGGAAUGAGGCUGAUCUUUGAGGUGGACAACUUGUCCCAGGCCAGCCCGGCCACCAUCAGUAGAUGUGCCAUGGUAUAUAUGGACCCUGUAGACCUUGGCUGGAAACCAUUCGUGAAGACAUGGCUGUCUCGCCUGCCGAGAGAAAUGCCGGAGAGUGGAAAACGAUACCUACAGGAUAUGUUUGAUCACACGAUAGAGAAGGGACUGAGAUUUGCACGAAAGUAUGUCCGAUUCCAGUCCAUUCCCGCUCCAGAAAUGUGCCUCAUUUCCUGUCUGUGUCACAUCCUGUCAGCAUUCCUCGACUUCAUGGCCAAGAACGGUGGCUUUGGAACCCCAGAUAAAGAUGAUGGCGGUCACACUGAAGUAUCAGAACGGUCAGAGAGUCAGGCUUCCAGUCACAGUUCAUCCCGUACCGGAUCUCGUACAUCCCGUACCGGUCGCAGCAAAAAGCGCAAGAGUCGGGCUUUCCAGACCAAGAUCAAGGAGGACAUGGACACAAUAUCGGAGACACAGUCCACAAAGAGCUCAAGUUCCCAGCCCAUAAAGGAGACUUAUCUACAGAAGAAUCCGUUACAACUGUUAAACAUUCUCGGGAAAAUGUUCGCUUUUGCCUACACCUGGAGUAUUGGUGGGAAUUUCAAACGACAGGAAGAUGUUGAUGAUGAUGACAGCCUCAGCCGUCGAACAUCAGACAAAGACAAAGGCGAAAGAGGCAUCAACAUUUGUAAUGAGUUUGAUGGCUUCAUGCAUGACUUGUUUGACAUUGAACCACCUUUAGGGGUGAGGCUCCCAACGGGUAACAGGAGUGUAUACAGCUACUUCAUUGACAUGGAGUCCGGUAACUUUGUCCUGUGGGACGUGCUGGUCCCAAACACCCGAUCACUCAUAGAGAAAAGUGCCGUUAUUACCAUCGGAGAGACUAUGGGAAUCGUGUCCGAACACAAGAAAAAGCGUGAGGAAACUGACAUCACUCCAACAGUGGACAUCGUACGAUUCUCAUUCUUGUCGAGUCUACUCGUCACCAACAAACACCCAGUUCUCCUCACAGGUGACUCUGGUGUUGGUAAGUCAGCUCUGAUCAACUACAUGCUCGGCCGUCUGAAGAGAGAUGGCGGGGCGGAGAUCAAGAACGGAACUGUACUAGGAAAUGUGUUCUGUUACUCCGACAAACACUCGUCCCUCCUGGAGAACAUCAGCAACAUCACCCGGUUUGGACAGGAGGAAGAUUCCAACAAGAACCUUGACUUCCUUCUUGGUUCUACGAAGAUUAAGCCAGUGACUGGAAUAAUCAGUUCCAUGAUCCAGUUCAGUGCCCAGACGACAGCAGCACGAUUCCAGGCCCACAUCAUCCAUAAACUCAUCAAAAAGGGCAAGGACACCCUCGGGGCUCCUAAAGGGAGGAAAGUCAUCGUGUUUGUAGACGACCUCAAUAUGCCCGCCCCAGAGGACUAUGGGGCUCAGCCUCCACUGGAACUUCUCAGGCAGUUCUUAGAACUGGGUGGCUUCUUUGAUACCAACAAACUUGUCUGGAAGGAUAUUUUGGAUGUAAACCUAAUCGCGGCGUGUGGCCCGACCGGUGGUGGAAGGAAUCCGAUCAGCCCUCGUCUCCUCAAACAUUUCAGCAUGUUGUCAUUGCCCCAGCCGUCGACCCGCUCACUCCAACACAUCUACCAGGUACAGCUUGGAAAGUUUUUCAUGGAAGGUGACUUUGCCACAGAGUUUAAAGACCAGUUGAUGCCGCUGGUGUCUGCCAGUAUCGCCGUGUACUACCGUAUGUGUAGUAGUAUGUUACCCACGCCGACCAAGUCUCACUACAACUUCAACCUCCGUGAUCUCUCUAAGGUAAUCCAGGGACUGUUACAGGCCCAUGAAACAGUCAUCAUCAGUAAAGACAAUUCUGCACUGCUGUUUGCACAUGAGGCGACAAGAGUGUUUCACGAUCGGCUGAUUUUACACGAGGAUCGUGACAUGUUCUUCCAGUUCCUGUCUGACAUCCUCCAUGACUACUUCAAGGUGAAAUGGACCAAGGAAAUGCUGAUGAACGAACAGGUUUUAUUUGGUGACUUCUUCGAAAUGGAGGCUACACAUCACGUGUACCGACCCAUGUCAGACCGCAACAAGUUAGCUCAGGUGUUGGAGGAGUAUUAUAUGAGAAUGAAUUACGGGAACACCAAGGCAUUUGCAUCGCAGAUGGUAUUCUUUAAAGAUGCAGUUGAGCACAUCACUCGAGCGGCUCGAGUCUUCCGUCAGCCAGGAGGACAUAUGAUGUUGGUGGGACUGGACGGGACUGGAAAAGCUACCGUUGUACAACUUGCUGCUCAUAUAGCCAACUGUGAGCUCUUCAAACUCACUCUACAGAGGGGUUAUAACUUUAACGAAUUCAGAGAUGACCUCAAAAAGCUUUUCCUCAGUAGUGGGGUCAAGGGCAAGAAAAACGUGUUUCUACUUACGGACGCCGACAUUGUAAAGGAAUCAUUCUUAGAAGACAUCAACUGCAUCCUAAACUCGGGCGAAGUCCCUGACCUCUUUGACAAUGAGGAACUGGACGGUAUUACGAUGGACCUUAAACAUGCCGCUGCUGAAGCUGACAUCCCUGACACUCGUGCCUCUGUCUACCAAUACUUUAUCCACCGUGUCCGUCAGAACCUCCAUGUGGUAUUGACAAUGAGUCCGGCGGGUGGAAAGUUCCGUCAGCGGUGCCGGAUGAACCCUGCCCUGAUAAACUGCUGUACCAUAGACUGGUAUGAUGAGUGGGAGGAGGAAGCCAUGCUAAGUGUGGCUCAAGUUUUCUUUCUCAAUGCCGAGUUUAUUGCCAGUGAAAAUUAUGACCUUGAUCUGUUGAAGCGUAAGGUGGGUAAGGUCUGCGUGGAGAUACAUAAGAGUAUAGGUGUAAUGUCGACCAAGUACUGGGACGAGAUGCGGCGCCAUUACUACUCGACACCCUCUAGCUACAUGGAGUUCAUUCGACUUUACUCCAAAAUGCUCCGUGAAAACAAGACUGAAUUCGUCAACAACAAAAACCGUCUGGAGGUAGGACUACAGAAGUUGUCUGAGGCGAACACAUCUGUCGGUACUAUGCAGGAGAUUCUAGUCUCCCUUGGACCACAGAUUGAAGAGAAACAAAGGGAUACAGAGGUACUGCUACAGCAGCUGGAGAAGGACAAAGUCGCUGCUGAACAAGUACGAGCCAUCGUGAGGGAGGAGGAAGAGAUCAUGCAGAAGGAGGCCAAGAUUGUACAGGACUACGCGGAUGAAUGCCAGCGAGAUCUUGCCUCAGCCUUACCAGCCCUACAGAAUGCUGUGGAGGCCUUAGAGACAUUAGACAAGGCCGACAUUGCUGAGAUCAGGGUCUACACGAGUCCGCCGACUCUCGUCAUGACCGUCAUUUCCGCCGUCUGCGUCCUCUUUCAGAAAAAAACAGAUUGGGGAACGGCCAAACAGCUUCUUGGUGAUCCAUCAUUUCUAAAGAAACUGACACAGUUUGACAAGUCAAGUGUGCCAGAGAAGACCUUCCACAAGCUGAAGAAGUACUCCAAACACCCAGACUUCAAUCCGGAGGCUGUGGGGCAUGUGUCCGGCGCUUGUCGUUCCAUCUGUGCCUGGGUGUUGGCACUGGAGCAUUAUAAUGAUGUCUAUAAGAUGGUGAAGCCAAAACAGAAGCGAGUAGCUGAGGCUAAGGAGGCCCUACAGAUGGCCCAGGAUAGCCUCUCCAACAAACAGGCCAGUCUUCAAAAGUUACAAGACCACCUGAACAGAUUGGAGCAGCAGUACAAAGACAGUGUGGAUCAGAGGGAAUCUCUCAAACAACGCAAAGUCACCACAGCUCUCCGACUACAGCGGGCCUCCAUACUCAUCGACGCACUCGUUGACGAAAAGGACCGGUGGCAGGAUUUAGUGAAGGAGCUGAAGGCCCGCCUUCACGGUCUGGUGGGAGACACGUUGGUGGCAGCAGCAGCUGUGGCCUACAUUGGUCCGUUCACCGCCAAGUACAGGAAGGAUCUAAUACAUAUGUGGACUGGCUUCUGUCAGGAGAACGACAUCCCCAUCACCAAAGACUUUGACCUCAUCAAGAGUACAGUAGAACCCUAUCAGGUGAUCAAAUGGCAGAAUGAAGGUUUACCAAGAGACAACCAUUCUACAGAGAAUGCCCUCAUCAUCAAAAGGGCCCAGAAAUGGCCACUGUUCAUUGAUCCUCAGGGGCAGGCCUUCAACUAUGUCCGAGAAAUGGAAGGCACACAACUACAGAUUGUGGCAGCUUCAGACCACAACUUCAUGAAGACCUUGGAGAUUGCCAUUAGUGUGGGCAAACCUAUGCUGCUGAAGGAUGUAUCCGAAGUCUUGGAUCCAGCUCUGAGACCUGUCCUUCUACACGAGACAUUCCAACGAGGUGGCCAUCUUGUCAUCAAGCUUGGAGACACAGAGAUAGAAUACAAUGAGUCAUUCAGAUUGUACAUGACAUCAUCGAUGGCCAACCCCCACUACCUGCCCUCCAUAUACAUACAAGUCAACAUCAUCAACUUCACAGUCACAUUCGAAGGUCUACAGGAACAGCUCCUGUCCGCUGUUGUCAAACAUGAAAAGCCAAAACUUGAGAACCAACGCAGUGAGCUACUGGAUAGUAUUUCUAACGACCUUCAGCUCCUUAGGGAUGUGGAGGACAAGACCCUGGGUCUCCUACAGAAACCUGAAGGUAACUUGCUGGACGACCAGGACUUGGUGACCACCCUACAGAAGAGUAAAGGCAUGUCCAUAGAGAUUUAUAAACGUAUCAAGCAGUCGGAGGAAAACGAGACAAAGUUAAAUCAGGCUCGAAAACGCUAUUUACCUGUUGCUACAAGAGGAGCCACCAUAUACUUUGUGCUGGCAAACCUAGCAGGAAUUGACGUCAUGUACCAGUUCUCGCUGGACUGGUUCCAAGAUAUGUUCAUAAACUGUAUAAACGGUUCAGGAAACGCGUCGACUCACAUUCCCUCGGACAUGAACCGCCGUAAGUCAUCGCUUCACCUUAGUGGAUCAAUGAGGCCCACCAGUCGCCUUGGUUCCAGUCCACGAGGCAGCAUAGACCUCAAUGCUUUGAAGGAAAAUGAGCCGCCACUCAAUCCAGCAGAGCUGAAGAAACAUAUGCUGGACAUGAUCAACAGGUUGACCUCCAACAUUUAUCGUGUCGUGUCUGUCGCUCUGUUCUCCAAUCACCAACUCAUCUUCUCAUUCCUUCUGUGUUCUGGUAUAAUGCGCUCCAACGCUAAGUACCCUGACAUUACCACUAUAGGCAAGAUUGAGGAGUUUGAGUGGCAGACAUUUCUCCACGGUAACAUCAUGACAAACAUGAUUGAGGAAAAGAAGCUGGAGGGCCAUGAUGGUCUGACGGCCAUGGAGAGGCUCGAGGCCAUGUCAAACCCUGACAAAGUGAAGACCCCUCCCAAGUGGAUCGGGGAUUCAACCUGGAAACAAGUCGAGCACCUGGACAUUAGUAUGGCAGUGUUCAAGAAUCUGAGUCGAAGCAUCAUGACCAACAAAGUUCAGUGGGAGAUGUUUCACUCAAAUAACAACCCCUACAAGUUAAUGCAGAAACCGUUUAACAUGGCUGAGGUCAAAGAUCCUCCAACUGACGGCCAUGCUGGCAUAGUGAUGGACUGGGAAAAUCUUUCUGGCUUCCAGAAACUUUUACUCAUUAAGAUUUUGCGUCCGGAGACUCUUAUCUCGUCCGUAUCUGCGUUUAUCCGAGACCAGAUGGACAGUAGCUACCUGUCCACAGGGACCUUUGAUCUCAAGGAAAUCUAUGAGGAGUCGUCGGCUAAAACACCCCUGAUCUUCAUCCUCUCUCCAGGUUGUGACCCUGCCGCUCAGCUGUUGCGCUUCGCUAAGGAACUGAGGGGGAGUAUCCUACAUCUAGACAUGAUCUCCCUGGGGCGGGGCCAGGGCCCUAAAGCUGAGGAGCUCAUCAACAAGGCCCAGAUCCUCAAGGGACGCUGGGUGUUCCUGCAGAACUGCCAUCUUGCCGCAUCAUGGAUGCCAAAUCUUCAGGCCAUUGUAGAAAGAUUGGUAGGCCGAACUUACUUUUACCGAAGAUUUAAUCAACCAAAUGAUGAUGUGGACCAGCAGUUUCGACUUUGGCUCAGCUCCAAACCCGACCCCUGUUUCCCAAUCUCCAUUCUACAGACAGGCAUGAAGAUGACUGUAGAACCACCUCAGGGUUUGAAGGCCAACAUGCUACGAGCGUUUGGGAGCGGAGGGACUGGUGUUGUUACAGAGAAGAUGUACGAGAAUCCAGAGCUCGGGCCAGCCUGGAAAAAACUUCUCUUCGGACUCUGUCUCUUUAACAGUGUCAUACACGAGCGGAAAAAAUAUGGACGCCUCGGCUGGAACAUCCCGUACGAGUUCAAUGACUCUGAUUUAGAUGUUUCAAUGCUACAGCUACAAAAUCUUCUACGAGAUCAGGAAGAGGACAACAUUCCCUGGCAGGCUCUGUCCUACCUGACAGGGGAGGUAAUCUACGGGGGCCGAGUUACUGACUGGUGGGAUAGACGAUGUCUAGACGCACUGCUCGGCCGAUUUUUCUGUAAAGAUGCUCUUGAUGAGUCAUACAGUUAUUCUCCAGAUCGGGUCCUGGUAAAGAUCUAUCAUCCAGUGAAAGAUUCCUACACCUUCCCCGAUGUUCUAAAUUACCUGGAGAAUCUCCCUAACUACGAUUCUCCGGAGUUGUUCGGGAUGACGGAGAAUGCUGAGAAGGCGUGUCGAGAACUACAGGCAGUGGAGAUGGUCCAGACCAUUAUAACAAUACAGCCACGCAUAUCACUGGAACUCAUGGGAGCUGAGAAGAGUAAUGAUGAAAUAGUACUGGAGAUUGCCAAUGACAUCAAAACAACACUACCACAGAUGGUUGAGGACUUUGAGGAAUCGUCUGGACCCAUCCACACCCAACAGACACCUCGCCCGACUCUGAAGAGCAUUCUGUACAAGGAGGCACCAGACAUAAAGGACAAGGAGAAAAAGAGAAUUGUACAGGAAGCCAUCGACACUGUGGUGGGUAACUCGGCCCUGAUGACAGUCCUAAGACAGGAAGUGGACCGGUUUAACAAUCUGCUCAGCAUUGUGCAUACUUCAUUACAAUCACUGAUUCUAGCUGUUAAAGGAGAAAUUAUCAUGUCGGAGGUUUUAGAGGAAGCAUAUAAUGCUCUUCUGAACCAGAAGGUUCCAAAACGCUGGAUAGAAGCAGCUUAUGAGUCCUGCAAGGCCUUGGGGUCAUGGAUAUACGACCUGAAAAUGAGGGUGCAGUUCUUCUCCAGUUGGGGUGAACUCAUCUCAAACAAUGUGGAGAAGUUGAUAAAGACUGCCAUACUGGUGUCUAAGAAUGCGACCACACAGGACACCCAGGACCAGACUCCCAUGCGGAGUGUCCCUCGGGCGUACUGGCUCUCCGGAUUCUUCUUCCCUCAAGGAUUCCUGACGGGCGUACAGCAGAACCAUGCCAGGAAACUGGGAAUAUCUGUUGACUCUCUGGUGUUCAACUUCAAAGUCCACCAGACUUUGGAGGAUACGGAGGAAAAACUAAGCGACAUCUCGCACAAAAUAUCCAUCAAAGAUACAGCAUUCAAGGGUCAAGCACCUCCCGAGGAUGGUGUGCUGAUUUUUGGACUUUACCUGGACGGAGCUCGAUGGGAUCCACAAGAUAAGUGUCUGCAGGAUUCAAGGGCUGGUGACCGCUUUGCCAGACUUCCAGAAAUCCACUUCGUCCCCACACAGACCUCCCAGGGAACCCCUAGUACAGAUCGGUCGGAGAGUCCAGUAGUGGACAAUGGCAACAUGUACGAGUGUCCACUCUAUCGGACGUCAUCCAGGGCAGGAACACUUUCCUCUACUGGUCACUCCACAAACUUUGUGACUGCAGUCACUCUUCCCUCGGACCAUCCGCCACAUUUCUGGGUAAUGAGGGGCGUGGCUAUGUUAUGUCAGUUGGAUGACUGAUGGAAUGUCUUAAUUAGUAAUUAGACGACUGAUGGAAUGUCUUAAUUCGUAAUUAAUACAAUGACAGAUAUUCACAAUUAAAAAUAACAGCCGACGUCCUGGAUUUCUACAAAGUGCUUCUAUAUGAUAACCCUGCUGCAUAAUGAAAGUUAAUGUACAAUCAACCAAACACAACAUGUUUAUAGUCUCUGGCUAAGGUCAGAGGUCAUCACAAACUCACUGGACCAAAGAAAAUAUUUUAACUGGGGGUGCAGUCCUAAGUCUAUGUAUAUUCUGUGAUUAUUUUACUAAAUGUUUUACUGAUUUCAAAAGUUAAAUACUGUUCUGUGUGGUCAGAUAUGUUGACACAAUUUAACUUUUAUCUCAAGUACAUAAAAUCUUCUGCACUCAUGUAUAAACUCUUAUUGUGUCAGAACUUUGGAAAAUAAUUCUUAUUUAUAGCUGUAUAAUUUGUGCACCCUUGACAUCUUGAAAUUUUACUUCAGCACAAAAAGGCUUUAUACCAUGAAGUACAAGUUCCAUUUAAUGGAAGUGUCUCCGCUAGAAUAUAUAUAAAUAGUUAGAAGUGCUGUUUCUUUCAGGAUAAUAAUAACUUAUUUGAAAUACUUCUCUGAAUUAUGAUCUAUUGAUGAGAAAUAUGUAUAGUGUUGAUCGAGAAUUUUCUGGAGUCUGAUUCAGCUUCAGACAAAUUAUUAUAUGUAACUAGUCUAAUCUCUUACAGAUUCGUCCAAAAAUAAUUUUGUGUAUAGCAGUAUGACAGCUUAAAGUUAUGCACAUGCUGUAGAUUAUUAUUUAUUUCAGCAUUUUAAGACAGAAUGUGAUAACUAGCAUUAAGGGUCCAUAAAAAGGGGGAUAACUCCAUUUGUGACCAGUUUUAAAGCUCAUUGUGAUAUUUCUUUAGGACUUAGUUCACUUGAAUGUAUUUAUUUUUGUUGUUGAUAUGUAAAUAGUAAUUGUGUAAGAUAGAUUUUAUUUUUGACAGAGAUUUAUUGUACUUUUGACUUUUCUGAUCUGUGAUAUUUACAAGAAAUAAAAUAUAUUUGAAGUCACA